AUGGAAGGCUCUCGCGGUCAUCAAUCUCAAAUGAUACAUCGGCGUAACGAUUUACGCAAUUGCAUGUUUGUCUGGUUUCUAUUACUACGAAAUCGUCUAAACGUGCCUAUGCACACGCCAAAAAUAGUACGGGCCAGAGAAAUGAACAGCAAGUCUAUAGAACCUCGAAAAUCGUGCGUGCUAGCAGUUUGCCUCGUGUUCGUCCUUCUUUUUUCAAUCUCUUCAUCUUUUUUCAAUUAUUUCGUCUGCUCGGAUUGCGAAGUAUGCGGAGACAUCAUCUAUUUCAAAUUUCAAGUUUCGUUAAUCAUUAUCGAUGAAUUAAGAUUUCAUCGAAUCUGUAGAUCAUUUUUUAUAUAGAUAUUCUUUCUG